AAAUCAAAAACAAAAAUAAGUUCGCUCGCUCUCGCUCUCAGCAAAGCAAAAGCUCCGUUCUUAUUUCUUUCUUUUACCAACUCUGAGCGAAUUGAUCGAUCAUUUUUCUCGUUUUUGGUGAUCGAGCAAGUGAUACAAUGGAGGAGACGACGCCCUCGGUUCUUACCUCCGACGAGCUCAAUCUCCUCAUCUUCCGCUACUUCCAAGAAUCAGGUUUUAAACAUGCAGCAUUUGCCUUUGAAAAAGAGACAGGAGUUUGCAAAAGUUCUAUUGAUGAAAAUUUAAUUCCGCCAGGUCAUCUUGUUACUUUGGUACAGAAAGGUCUUCAGUACAAAGAGAUGCAAGCAAACUUGGACAGUGCUAAGAAUUCAUGCGUGGACUUUUCACUUCUACAACCUUCGGAUAUUAUUACAAAAGAUGUGGAUGGAUUACAAAGAAUCAUAAAACAUUCGGAGAAAGUUUGUGCAGAUGGAAAGGAUAGAGGAAGACUGGAAAGUGAUAAAGAACAAGAUAGUGGGGAAGACAAGGUUGAAGAGGAUAAAGAGCUGGUAAGAGAGCAUAAAAAGGAUAAGAAAUCUGUGCAGGGCAAAGAUAAAGCUAAUGCUGAAGCUCCCAAAGGGAAGAUGAAGAUGAAAACCAAACAGCAUGGUGUUUGUGCUGGGAAACCAAUGGAUAUCACACCAAAUGCUCAAUCUGUGCCCUGUGAGAUUCCUAGUUCUGAUGUGGUUAUUGUUGAAGGACAUAGCUCUUCGGUUUCUUGUUGCGCAUGGAGCCCAACUAAUUCACUUCUGGCAUCUGGGUCUGACGACUCAACAGCUCAAAUUUGGACAAUUCCAGACGGCCCUUGCGGUUCUAGCAGGCAAAAUCUUGCUCUUUGUCCAAAGGUUUUAACAUGUUUUGAGGGAAGUCCUGAGACUACCAAGGACGUGACAGCACUUGCUUGGAAUGGUGCAGGGUCACUGCUAGCUACAGGUUAUUACGAUGGUCAGACUAGAAUAUGGAGCAAAGAUGGAGAGCUAAAGAGUAUUCUAAUCAAGCAUGAAGGACUAAUAUUCUCUUUGAAGUGGAACAAGAGGGGUAGUCAUCUCCUAACUGGAAGUUCUGACAAAUCGGCUAUUUUGUGGGACACUAGGACAUGGGAGUGCAAGCAGCACUAUCAUUGUCAUCAUGCACCAACACUCGAUGUUGAUUGGAGAAACAAUAACUCUUUCGCCACAUGCUCAGUAGACUGCAAGAUAUGUGUUUUCAAGAUAGGGAAUUAUCUCCCAUGUAAAGUGUUUGAAGGACAUCAGGAUUCUGUUAAUUGUAUAAAAUGGGAUUCAAAUGGUUCAUUUCUGGCUUCAUGCUCAGAUGAUAAAACAGCAAAGAUCUGGAGUCUUAAGCAGGAUAAAUGUUUGCACGACUUCAGGGAGCAUCAAGGGGCGGUGUCUACCAUUAGAUGGAGCCCCACUGGCCCAGGCACAAAUAACCCCAGUCAGCAAUUAUUAUUGGCAAGUGCAUCCUCCGACUCUUUUGUCAAACUGUGGGAUGCUGAGCUGGGCAGACUUGUGUGCAACCUAAAAGGUCACAGGGAAGAACCUGUAUGUUCUGUGGAAUUUAGUCCAAAUGGACAGUUUUUGGCGAGUGGGUCAUCAUCUGAUAAGUGCGUGAACAUAUGGUCUGUCAAAGAAGGGCAGCUUGUAAACACAUACAGGGGAGGGGGUGAAAUUUUGCAAGUUUGCUGGAAUAAGGAGGGUAACAAGAUAGCAGCAUGUUCCUCUAAUGGCACUGUAUGUGUCAUGGAUUGCAGAAUGUAAAGAUAAGGAGUGUACAGCUUAUAGAUUUAGGUUAGCAGAAGAUAGAGUGGCACAAAUUUCGGUUGGAUUUUGACAGUUGAGUAUGAUGAAACUUGUACAGCUUAUGGAUUUAGUAGAACAGCAUCAAGGGAUGGGGGUUGCAAUGACAUUUUCGGCUGGAUUGAACACAUUCAAUUUUGAUAUUGAAAUAUGAUGAAACUUGUACAGCUUAUAGACCUAGUUCCCAUAGAAGAUAUAGUGGCAUCUCGCAACGAGGGUUGCGAUGAUAUUUUCAGUUGGAAUGGUCACAUUCAUUUUUAAUUUGAAGAUGACCACAUUCAGUUUUGAUAUUGAAGUUCGAUUGAAACUUGUAUACCUUAUUAAUCUAAUAGAGUGGUUGCAAUGACA